ACUCAUACAGCACUUCUUUUGUAUAUUUUUAUUAUAAACUGUAAUUAUAGGCUUUAAUGGUAAGUGCUGAAACAUUUUUCUUCUUUUAAUUCUGUUUUAUGCUUUACAGACGAAUCCGACAUGUUGGAGUGCAAGGACAACAAAAUGCUUUUGUUGGUGUUUUUCAGCAAAACCCAGCUUUGUUUGACAUGCCUAUCAAGCAAAUGAGCGAUACUUUGCAGCAGAACCAAACUUCUGAAGAACAGAACCCAGUUGUGACCAUCAGCCCUGCAGAGACAUCCAGUCAGCAGGUUUUUGCAGAUGUUGAUGACAUACAACAUGAUCUGGAUACAUCUGACAGGUCAUUGCAGGUUUUUGCAGAUGUUGAUGACAGACAUGAUGGUCUGGAUGCACCUGACAGGUCCUUGCAGCAACAAGUUUGUAAGGAAUCAAUUCUACCUCAUACUACAAGCAUUCAACAUGAUGAAGUGGAAGUCGAUGUGCAGAUGCUUUCCUGUGAAGAACAGACAACAUCUGACUACCAAGAAGAGUCGAGUGAUCAUGGCAGUAAGGACAUGCAACAUGGCAAAGACAUUAGAGAGAAUGAAAUUAUGGGGAAAACACCCAUAAAUGGAAGCCACGUUCCUCCUUUAUGGACAAUGUCAGAAUACAGUGAGAAAGCACUUCAGGAGCAAAAAAGAAAAGAGCAUGAGUUGCUCAUUCUAGCACUAAAAUUAAAACAUGAUUUGACUGAUGAAGCACUAGGGGACAUACUUAAAGUCAUCAAUGCUGUAACUGGUAAACAGUCAGUUUCAACUACUAAAUAUAAUUUUUACAAAAACAUGAAUGAUUAUAAGGACUAUAUUCUUAUCAAGCAUUUCUGUUCAGAUUGUUCUAUGUUCAUGGAAACAAAAGAUGAAAGUGUAAGUUGCAAAAUUUGUGGCAAACAGGUUGAAGCAAAGGAGCAUAUAAAAUCAGGAAACUUUUUCAUUGUUCUCCCUUUAGAAGUGCAACUACGAAACAUUAUUGCACAACAUUCGUUUUCGCAGUUGACAUUCAAUAACAAGGAUAAAUUAAAAUCUCACUUUGGUGAUGUAUGUGAUGGUGUGCUCUACCAAAAGACUUUAAAAACCUUCACACCUCUUAAUGAUUGCCCCAACUUUUCAAUCACUUUUAGCUGUGAUGGUGUUCCUUUAUUUAAAUCCUCUUCGCAGUCUAUAUGGCCAGUAUUAUGCACUUUAAAUGAACUACCCCCCAAUCUGAGAUCUGACCAUAUUAUGUUGACAGCAUUGUGGUUUGGAGCUAAGAAGCCCCAUAUGAACAUCUUUCUUGAGCCAUUUGUGAAAGAGUGCAUUGAUAUCCAUGACCGUGGCUUUGACUGGGUUACAUCUGAUGGUAUACAUGGUACUAGCAAAGUAUAUGCUUUAAUACUUGUAAGUGAUUCUGUUGCCCGUCCACUCCUUCAGAACUUCAAGCAGUUCAAUGGCGAGUUUGGAUGUUCCUUUUGUCUUCAGAAGGGAACACUUGUAGAACGUGGUCAGGGAAAGGCCAGGGUUUACCCAUUUGAGGCAAACAUGGAACUUAGAAGUCAACGGCAGACUUUGGAGCUAGUUACGAGGGCUGUUGAGAUGGGCACACCUUCAGUAGGCGUGAAAGGACCUUCGGUGUUGUCCCUUUUACCUGGAUUUGAUAUAAUUGAGGGAUGUGUCCCUGACUAUAUGCACAGUGUCCUCCUUGAAGUUACAAGAUCUAUUACAUCACUAUGGUGUAACUCUGAAAACCAUCAAUCUCCUUGGUACAUAGGCAGGUCCAUAUCGCAAAUUGACCAACUACUGGUGAAUAUAAAACCCCCAAGUAAUGUCUCCAGAACACCUCGAUCCUUAAAAGAAAGAUGUUACUGGAAAGCCCAUGAAUGGCUCAUGUGGCUACUUUACUAUAGUAUUUCUGUUCUCAAGGGAAUUCUACCUGACAAGUACCUGAAUCAUUGGAUCAAACUUGCAAGUGGGAUAGCUUUGCUGCUUUCCACAUCCAUUACAUCUCAGCAACUUUUAGAAGCACAGGACCUUCUUCUUCAGUUCGUGUCUGAGAUGGAGCACCUUUAUGGUGUAAGCAAUGUCACCUACAAUGUUCACCUCUGCCUCCAUCUCUCAAAAAGUGUCCAGAAUUGGGGGCCAUUAUGGGCCCACUCUGCCUUUCAAUUUGAGGCCUAUAACAUGGAGUUAAUAGCUAUGGUCAAAAGCACACAGGCUGUGCCCAUACAAAUUUGCAAAGUUUUCUGGAUGAAAAAAGCCCUUCCACUGUAUGUCAGUCAAACACUGAAAAAUCCCUCCUCAGAGUGUAGUGCUGUUAUUGAUCAUUUAUUGAGUGGAAAACAGAAGCGAAAGCAUGCAGUGAGGUGUUUGGGAGUUACAGCUUUUGGACCACCCAAGAGAAAAAUGAUGGCACAUGACGAUUACAUUGCUUUGCAUAGUGUUGUUGAUCGAGUAGAGAAGCAACCUGUAGACUACUAUGAUAGAGUGUUUGUCAAUGGUGUGAUUAUUCACUCUCAGGCAUACCACCGUUCAAAGAAGAGGAAUUCAAGUGUAGUCCGUAUAAAACCUGACAACACAUUCUUCUCUGUUAAAACAUUCAUUGUGGCAGAUGUAGGAAAUGGCAGUUCUUGUUAUGCCAUUGGUCGCUUUUUUGAGGAGGGGAGGCACAGCUUUUCUGCUAGUGUUCAAAAUCCUUCACACUUUCAUCCAGUCAAGAAGGUGCUAUGUCAUCUAACUGCUAUACAUGCCUCAGCAAUCGAACACAAAUGUUUGUUCAUACCUUUGGAAAAGCACAAAUGUGAUUACAUCAUGACUUUUCUUAAUUACUACGAAGUCACUGUUUAACUCUUUCACGUCUGACAUCAGUGGUUUUAUUUUUGCAGUUCUGCCAAGCUUUGCUAAAAGCACCAAACUUUUUUCUUCAAUUGCAAGUGGAGAACUGGGGUUUAGAUAGAAGCAUCAAUGUACUCAAGAGCAACAUGUUUAAAUGAUAUGAGGGGUCAUGAGAUGUUUUUUUGUAUUUGGAGACAUAUUCUGUAUGCAGCUAUAUAUAUAUAUAUAUACAUGUAUGUACAGUAUUGUUCAAAAUAAUAGCAGUACAAUGUGACUAACCAGAAUAAUCAAGGUUUUUAGUAUAUUUUUUAUUGCUACGUGGCAAACAAGUUACCAGUAGGUUCAGUAGAUUCUCAGAAAACAAACAAGACCCAGCAUUCAUGAUAUGCACGCUCUUAAGGCUGUGCAAUUGGGCAAUUAGUUGAAAGGGGUGUGUUCAAAAAAAUAGCAGUGUCUACCUUUGACUAUACAAACUCAAAACUAGUUUGUACAAACAUUUUUUUUCUGGGAUUUAGCAAUCCUGUGAAUCACUAAACUAAUAUUUAGUUGUAUGACCACAGUUUUUUAAAACUGCUUGACAUCUGUGUGGCAUGGAGUCAACCAACUUGUGGCACCUCUCAGCUGUUAUUCCACUCCAUGAUUCUUUAACAACAUUCCACAAUUCAUUCACAUUUCUUGGUUUUACAGCAUUUUUGAUAUCACCCCACAAGUUCUCAAUUGGAUUAAGGUCUGGAGAUUGGGCUGGCCACUCCAUAACAUUAAUUUGUUGGUUUGGAACCAAGACUUUGCCCGUUUACUAGUGUGUUUUGGGUCAUUGUCUUGUUGAAACAACCAUUUCAAGGGCAUGUCCUCUUCAGCACAGGGCAACAUGACCUCUUCAAGUAUUUUAACAUAUGCAAACUGAUCCAUGAUCCCUGGUAUGCGAUAAAUAGGCCCAACACCAUAGUAGGAGAAACAUGCCCAUAUCAUGAUGCUUGCACCUCCAUGCUUCACUGUCUUCACUGUGUACUGUGGCUUGAAUUCAGAGUUUGGGGGUCGUCUCACAAACUGCCUGUGGCC